CGUUACGUUUACGGUGUAACAUCCUUUGGAAGAUAGUGGACAGGAGUUUGGUGGACUUUGCUGUCAUGGCGCUUUUCUCAACUCUUACUCCGGUGAUCGUGGCGAUUUUGUGUGUGAUAAUUGUAUUUCUUUUCAAAAACUCUAAAUGGACAGAGUGUGCCUUAGCGAAGAAGACUGUUCACCUCCCCAAAGAGUCAAAGCCGUGGGUAGAUGAAGACCUGCAGGACGACACGGAGAUCAACAGCGAAAACACUGAGGAUGAUGAUUGGAUACAUGAUGCGGGGGAGGAGGAACUGCCUCACAUUCCCUAUGCUCCUCCACGGUACCCUGAACCAGAGAUGCUCGAACGCUCUCAGCAGUUCUACUCACUAAUGAACCAAAGACGGUCAGUCCGCUUCAUCAGCCCUGAGCCUGUACCCAGAGCGGUCAUUGAAAAUGUCAUACGCACUGCAGGCACAGCUCCAAGCGGAGCCCACACUGAGCCGUGGACAUUUGUAGUUGUGGCUGAUGCCGACACCAAACACAGGAUAAGAGAGAUUGUGGAGGAAGAGGAGGAGAUAAACUACAAGCAGAGAAUGGGAGACAAGUGGGUCAACGACCUGCAGAGACUCAGGACUAACUGGGUGAAAGAGUAUCUGGAUGUGGCUCCUUAUCUGAUUCUGAUCUUUAAGCAGACGUACGGUGUGCUGCCAAAUGGGAAAAAGAAAACUCAUUAUUAUAACGAAAUUAGUGUAUCAAUCUCCUGUGGAAUACUUCUGUCAGCUCUACAGAAUGUGGGUCUGGUCACCGUGACAUCUACUCCUCUGAACUGUGGCCCUCAACUCAGAGCCCUCCUCCGGAGGCCAGCCAACGAGAAACUGCUCCUGCUACUUCCUGUCGGUUACCCUUCGAACGAUGCCACCGUCCCUGACCUGAAUCGCAAGGACCUCAAUGACAUCAUGGUGUUUGUGUAACAUCUGGCAUGACUG